ACAGAUAAGAAAUUUGAAAACGGUAGGUUGAAUUUAGGUGUUUUCAUCCCUGGGUACCCAGGAGAGGCACUGGAAAUGUAAGAAAGGACAGAUAAUCCUUAGUCCAAUUGGUUUCCUCCUCAGUUAUCCUAGUUAUCCUUCCUUAGUAUAGUUUUUAAGGAAUAACUUGUGUGAUGCCAGUUUGACCUUUCCUGGUGGCACUAACAAAUACAGAGAGCCUGAGCUCAAGCUAGGAAGCUCUGCCAAUUAUCAGGAAAUAGACAUGAAGUUGCUACUGGCCUAGUCUCAAAGGGAGAUGGCUAUCAUGGAAACCAGACAAUCAGGCUUUGGUGUUUCAGGCUCUAGGUCUUAUCGGCUUCACGAACAAAGCUGGAAGAAGGCUGGUUUUGAUCAGACUACAUAUAAUGUUUCCUUUUUGUCUAGCAUAAGCCAGAGCCAUUCUCCAGGAGGUCCUUAUGGGAACCCAAGUGAUUUCCUAGGGAACAAACUGUGCUCUAAGAAAUGCUAUGAAGUGUGAGUCUCUAUUUGGGAAUAGCAGUUCUCCAAAACAGUGAAUGACUCUGCAGAAACCUGUUAUCUAUUGAUAAGCUGGCACAUAUACUGUGCUCGGCCCAUCUGAGUAUCAGCCAAAAUACUUUGCUAACCCAACCAGAACUUCGUCCAGCUCUGGGCUCCAAUAUAAUUAGCCAUUAUGAAAAUGCACAUCAAAAUCACAAUUAGAUAUCAUUUCAAGCCCACUAGGAUAGCUAUAAACAAAAAGACAACAACAUGUGUUGAUGAAGAUAGAGAAAAAUUGGAACACUCCUGAACUGCUAGUGGGAAUGUAAAAUGUUGCAGCCUCUUGAGAAAACAGUCUGGUACUUCCUCAAAAGGUUAAACAUAGAGUUAUCAUAUGGCCCGGUAAUUAUUCCUAUGUAUCUACCCAAAAGAACUGAAAAUCUAUGUCCAUGAAGAAAGUUGUACAAAAAUGUCUAUAGCAUUAUUCAUAAGAGCCAAAAAGUAGAAACAAGCCAAAUGUACAUCAACUGAGUAAUGAAUAAACAAAUGUGAUAUAUCCAUACCAUGGAAUAUUAUUCAGCCAUGGAAAGGAACAAAAUACUAAUACAUGCUACGACAUGGGCGAACCUUGAAGUGAUUGUCUAAAUUGUGCUUUUUACUUAGGCGAUCACUUCCAAAUAUGGCCGUACUUUGAAAUCUCCUGGGGAGCUUAGGCAGCUCCCUGGGAAUCUUUGAGAGCAGGGCGCCUGGUCUGAUGUUUGAAAUCUAUUAGAUCAGAUAUCUCUAAGGUCCCUUACAGCUCUAAGAAUUGUAUGAAAUCUAUGACAGUGGAUCACCAACACCCACAUUUUUGAGGCAGAGGUAAUAAGGGAACCAAGCCCAGUGGAUAGUUGUUACUUAGAACAAGUCUCCCAAUAGGUCCUUCUCAAAAUCUAAACUGGUACUUCUCUAAGGCAUCACCUCACCCCACCCCAAAUUUGAAUGAACAUAUUCCUAAUAGGGAUGGUCUAUGGCUGAAGAGAUAGGCCACACCUGACACCACAUGCCUGUAUGGGUUGCUUUAAUAAGAAAGUAUCCCAUUUUGUAGUAAUCUGGAGUUAAGGAUCACCAGUCCCUCCCUCUCUGGCAUUCAUAGACAAGGUUGGAUAGAAUGAACUAAUAAACUUCUGACAGUCUCAGACUUUCUGUUUACCAGCACCUGUGUAGUGCGGUAAGCUGACAGGUUCAGUGUUAAUAACAGGGCUGAUUUCUUGUUUACUUGUUUCCUUUAAUAUUAUAGAAUUAAGCUGUAUCAUGUUCCGGCUCCUCACCUCCUGUUGGUCUCGGCUAAAGACAACUGAAGACACGCGAAGAAAUGCAACCAUCAUCAUCAUCGGAUUGAACAAUUCAGGCAAAACUGUUCUUAUGGAGGCUUUUCAAAGAAUGCUCCCUAGUAGGAUGGAGAGUUGUAUGACGUCUGAACUGACAAGACUCCUGCUAGAUGAAUAUGAAGUUUCCAUCUAUGACCUGAAUGGAGAUAGGAGGGGCCGAGAAACCUGGCCCAACUACUAUACAAAGGCUCAGGGGCUUGUUUUUGUCCUGGAUUCCAGUGACGUAGGACGUAUGCAAGAAGUGAAGAUCACCUUAACACAUCUGCUGUCUGAUCAAAGAGUGGCAGGAAAACCUAUACUACUCCUGGCAAACAAACAGGACAAGAAAAAUGCUCUCCUACCUUGUGAUAUUGUUGAAUAUCUACUCCUGGAAAGGCUAAUGCGUGAGAACAAGUCCCUGUGCCGAGUGGAACCUUGUUCAGCCAUCCACACCUUCCAAAGAAGGGACCAUCAGCCCCUAAUUGAAGGGCUGCGCUGGCUAUUAGCUGCCAUUGACAAUAAAUAUGAAGAGUUGUGUACUUGUCAACAGCCACUCACCUCAAGCAUCGUAACCUCCAAUAGCACCAGAGACUUUGGGGAAAGAUGCUCAUUAGACAGCUUCCCCACCAGGAUGGAAAUGUCCAAAGGAAAAAGACAGUCUCUAGGACACUCAAUGGAAGCUAGGCCCCUAAAGCCAAUCCUACAGAAAGGUUCAAGACUAAGACCUAAAAAGAAUGCAUCAGUGACAUUUGCUUUAGAUGAACCCAUGGAGGAAGGUGAAUGUUCUGGAGGAAAUAGAGCUCAAAACACUACUGAGCUUCACUACAAUCAGAGUACUGACUUGCAGCCCCAAGCAACUUAUGUUGACAACGAUGAUGAUGAUGAUCUUUUUGAAGGUAAUGCUAGAUCAGUGGUUUGUCAGAGAAGAAAAGACACAUAGGCCUUCCCUUGUAAUUUAUAAAACAGUAUUUCUAUUUUGAGUCUGAAACUCUUUUCUCAUACUAUAGUUGGUGGUCAGGAGAAGAAGUAGAUGAAAGGAAGGGAGGGUACUUGGGGACCAGUAUGAUGCCCCAGCACUGGCUGACACAAAAUCUUUGUUUGAAUGGGUAUAGGGUUAUCUUAAAGGUUAUGAUUUCCAGUGGUGGAAGUAUAAAUUGGUACAACCUUCAUGGAGAGUAGCUUGGUUGUCUGUCUCCCUCCUGAUCUCCCUCUCUCAAUAUAUGUACUGAGAAUUUUUAAAAUGUGGA